AUGAGGUUCAUAUACCCUGCUGCAGAGAUUGUGUUCUCCUGUCUUGAUAUAGGGGCUCUACAGUCGGACGUCCGUAUUGCUUUUAAGACCUGUGAAACCCUUGCCAAAUCCGCUUUUGAGCGAGACCUUGUUCGUUCAGCAUACAACGUCUAUCCCAAUAUCGAAGAAAAGAAUGCCCAAGAUUUGGAAUGGUUCCUGCAGCAUCCGUUCAUGGACGGAAAGUACCCAAUCAACUCACAGGAGUUUGAAGACGCAGAGCAGGCCGUGUCCCGAACGUUUCGAUUGAAAUACCGGGAGCGAGCUUGGAUUUUCCAAGAGCUGGUUCCCUCGAAGCGAGUCGUUGUAAUUCAUCAGCUUGAAUUAAUUGAUUUAGGGUCCCUGUUGGAUGCUCAAUCCUGCACUCAGCUUCUGAAAGAAAUGGCAGAAUCAGAGUCGAAACAAGCCGGCCGCGGCUUCUGGAAUUUGUGGCAUUCCUUCUCAAAGAUAAGAGAGGUCGACUGGGCACGAGCGUGUGUUGAUGGAGGAAAAGAUGCCGAGGAGUCUACCCUUCAAGGCAUGCGGAGUCUUCUUCCUCUUUUAUACGGGAGGUACGGCACCGAGGACCCCAAAGAUCACGUUUAUGCUUUGCUGGGGGUGAUACCUCUUGAGAUCGAGCCAGAUUAUACUAGCAAAAUGACUGUUGCGUCAGUCUAUGUUGCUGCGUGUGAGGAAAUCCUAAAAUGGCAUCACGUGCAGCACGGCGGUUGGCCGCUUUGCUUUCUUUCGAGAGCGGGCCUUGUGCAUCAAAGCCCUGAUCAGGGCUAUGUACUGCCGUCCUGGGUGAAUAACUUCGCCAAGAAGUCUGGCAUAAACAGGUCACCUCAAUCCUUUUUCGGAGUUCAUGGUCGAGAAGACAACUACACGUGGCCCGAAAAGUGGAAUAGCCUGGAACCAGCGAGUAUUCAUAGAGAGAUACGGAUACUUUGA